UCAUCGUUAGUCUAUUUUUAAAAUUAAAUGCUGCCACGGUAAAUCGAUUUUCGUGCACAUAAUAAUUUCCUCCAGGUAUAAAUACAGAAAACUAGGUUUUCAUUUAACAUAAACUCUAUGAAUUUUAGAUAGAAACUUGUGUUUUUAUUUCCUGUGUUGGCAACAUUUCAAUGUUUGUAGCAAAUACUAGAGAUGGGCUUUUUAGUAAAAUUAUUGUCAUAGGUUAGUCGUUACGCGUUGUAUGUUAAUUAUUAAUAAACUUUAUAUUUUUAAGAAUUCAAAUUUUAUAACUUCAAAUUAAUUAAUUGUUUUACUAACAAUGGUUGUCUUGACGCAAAAAUACAAGCAUCCGGCACCACUUCCAGAAACGAUUGUUUACCCUGAUGAUGAGACAUUAAAAUUACCACCACCUGUUCCAUUUCUAAAAGUUUCUAAAGUUAGCCUUGGAAUCGUCGUUUCUUGGAACAUGACUCUCGAUAAUCAAUAUGCAGAUAUUGAAAGUUAUCAAUUGUAUACAUACAGAGAAAAUACAAAAGCACCUGCUUCAUCAACGUGGAAAAAAGUUGGAGAUAUCUGUGCUUUAAAAUUACCGAUGGCUUGUACUUUAACUCAGCUUUCAAAGGGUAUUAAAUAUUAUUUUGCCGUAAGAGCAGUUGAUAAAUAUUCCAGAGUUGGACCAUUCAGUCAGCCAGGUGUAAUUUCUUUAUAAUUAAUAAUAAUUAUUAAUAGAUAAAUA